AUGUUAACCAGAUCUUUUUUUGUUAUUUCCGCUGCUGCUACCCUGGUUGCUGCCCAGGGCGGCCUCUUCAUCGUGCACUGCAAGUCGUUGACAGUGCAGCGUACCGAUCCCAUCAUCAGGCCCGGCCAGCUCAGCUCCCACGUCCACGCCGUCGUCGGAGGCACUGGUUACCACAUGUCCAUGAGCAACUACGAUGCGCGCAACGCGCAAAACACUACUUGUGACAAGGCCCUGGACAAGAGCAACUACUGGCAGCCGCAGCUUUACCACCAGCACCACGACAACAGCUUUGAGCUGAUCAAGCUGCUUGGCAUCGCUGCCUACUACAUUGACCGUGCCUGCGAUUAUGCGCCUGGGCGUAGAAACUGUGGCGGCAAACACGGUGCCAUUGCUCCUCCCAAGGGCCUGCGCAUGAUCUCUGGCGAUACUUUCAGAAGAACAUACAACUCGAGCGACAACACCAACCGUGCAAUCAGCCACGUCUGCCUUGACCCUGGCCAGGACUACGUCGAGCUCCCCCAGAAGCUCUGCAACGAGAUGCGCAUGCAGGUUUACUUUCCCUCCUGCUGGGACGGCAAGAAUCUCGACUCUCAUGACCACAAGAGUCACAUGUCUUUUCCUGGCAUCGGCGACUACAACAGCGGCGUCUGCCCCGAGUCGCACCCCGUCGCCAUCGUAUCCGUCUUCAACGAGUUUUACUACAACACACGCCAGGUGCAGGGCAGGGACUUUCGCCGCUGGGUCUACGCCAACGGCGACACGACCGGCUACGGGCUGCAUGGCGACUUCCUCCAGGGCUGGGAGGACCAAAACAAGCUGGAGCACGCGAUGGAGACGUGCACGGGAAAGCAGGGCACCGAUACGCCCGACUGCAGCCUCCACGUCGGCUCUAACCACGGCUCGUUUCAGCAGCCUGAGAGGGCGCCUCCCACGGAGGAUGUUGGUCUGAAGGGCCGCCUGCAGAAGCUGCCUGGCAACAACCCCGUCUUCGAGAGUUAA